AUGGCACUUGCUCUCCGUUUUCCAGAGGAAGGCGAGUUUAGCUCUCGUGCGUGUGAUUUCUCUGCCUUAGACGCUCCUAACGUAGUGCCGAGUACGGCCAUUUUUCGAUGGAGUCGUGCUGUGCGUAAACUACUGGGAACUCACGUCCAUGACGCUGUUGAAGUAAAGACACUUGUCAUUGCUAUGCCUGGUGCAGCACAGCAGUUUGUGCAGCAAUUGACCGCGUCCUGGACCGUCGUUGGGACAUUAUUGACCACGGAUCAAGUUCUUCAAUCAUGUAAACUACAUAAUGUACCCACUUUAGGUGUCAUGCUGUCAAAAACGGGACUAAAUGUGUCGGACAAGGAGAAUUGUCUCGUGUUGCUCGUGGAUCAAGAAGUACCGACUACAGCGACGUGGGAGUGGCUGAAUAAGCUGAGAAGUCAUAUUGAUGCACAAGAUAUUGUCUGUCUCGACUCGCAAUUGUCAACAAUCUACACGGACAAAUACGUGGAUGAACAGGUUGGCACGAAGCUUCGAAUGCUUGCAACAUCUACUGUAACGGAAGAAUGGAAGCAGCAAACGCCUGUGCGGCCAUUGGAAGUACCUCAAUUUGUUGCUGGAAUUCCAGCAGCUUUGCUUACACAUGGAGAGUUACGUAAACGUCGUGUUUGCGUGUUUGUGAGUCUGCGUGAUGUCUCUGCUACUUCAUUCGAUGUGAUGCAAAGCUUUAUGCCGUUGAUUGCAUCGUCAUCAUCUGUGCUCGGUAUGUUAGAGCGGCCAACAAGUUUCCAGCCGACUGAGAAAUUUACGCAUCAAAAUGGUGCAGUAGGUGUGCUGUACUCGUAA